UAUUUAUAAAUGGUAUCGGAAACACGUGGUGUUGUUUGUUUACGUGUUUAGGAAGUAUUUAUAGUAUCUAAGAUUUGAUUGGGUUUUAACGAUUGAUAUGAGUUCAAAUGAAAUCGUGCGGAACAGGUAGUUUACCUGUGUCCAGGUAUUAAGAAUAAGAGGUUAUUCGAGGUUUCGCUGCGCUUAGUGCAACAAGUAAAAAGUCGAAUAGAUGUCUCGGCAAAAAACAGAUUUCUUGGCCCAAUACCGGGAGGAAGAUGAGUCUCUAGACGAAACUCUACUACAAGAAACCGCUGGUGAACAGAAAACCACUCGCAAGACGGCAAAUUCUGCGGAGAUCUCUGGACACUCUAGCCCCCGUGUAAGUGCGGACUUGGCCGACACCUUCAACCUGUUCAAGUCAUACCUGGACAACAAACUAGAUACUCUCAAGGAGGAACUCUCUACGGGUAACGACAUCGAAAAUUUAACAAAAACCAUUAACAAAGAGGUCUCUGUAAAAUUCAAGAGUGAAGGGAACAAAAUUCAGUUUAACUUUAAUACUGAAAUAUUGGGUGAUUUGAAUAAACUUAAAAAGCGCAUUUCAGAUUCUUCCACUUUGAGCAUCGUUAGAGAGCUCAUUUCCAAGGUUACUAAGCGUAACAAGCUCAUCAGGAUUGCCGAUAAAUCUCCGGCCGGGUGGUCGACAGUCCGUGAGUAUGAAAGUGAUGAUUUGGCCUCCGACUCUGAGGACGAAAAACGUCUACGUCAAGCUGAAAACCGAGCAUUACGAGCUAUCAAGGAAAAACGCCGUUUUCAGCCAUACUCCAAGUCUGGUUCUGCAACAACUUCGCUACCUGAUGGUAGGUCUGGUGGUUCUGGCCGUAAUUUUCGUCCCUACAAGCGUAAGGAGGCCUCUCCAUACGACGUGUGCUACAACUGCCAUAAGCUCGGCCAUUGGAAAUCCGCAUGCACUGCCCCAGCCAGAACCAACAACCCAAGCACAAGCUCGUCAACCCAGUGAUUAUGAGAAUCAUUUUGCAGAUGUUUUCAAAACUGGAAAUUGGAUUUCGUUAUGGAGGACCUCUCAUCCCUCCUUACAAUCGCUGGCAAAGAAACUUCCGGAUUUAAUCAUGAAUUCCAAGGCUGAAAACACAAGAAAAACAUACGGAUAUGCUUUCAAUAAAUUUCGUAAGUGGUGUUUUACACAUAAUAUUUCAUAUCUUCCUGCAACGGAUUUCCAUGUAUCGUUAUACUUAACAAGUCUCAGUAAUACAUGUAGCAGUGCAGGGACAAUUGACGAGGCUUUUUAUGCAAUUAGCUGGGCGCAUAAAUUGGCGGGAUUUCCCAAUCCCUGUUCAUCCGAACUUACUAUUUCAGCCAGAGAGGGAUGCCAUAGAACUAUCGGGAAACAGUUGAUAAAUAAAAAAGAACCUAUUACCUCCAAUAUACUGAAACAAUUGUGUGCUCUUUACGGAGGUGAAUCGUGUUCUUUGUUAGAUAUUAGAAUAUGUUGUAUGUGCUUAUUAAGUUAUGCUGUUUUUUUUUAAGAUUUUCAGAACUUGUUCAUUUGAAGAGAUCAGAUAUAUGUUUUUAUGACAAUUAUAUGACUCUUACUAUUCAGAAAAGCAAAACAGAUCGUUAUAAAGUGGGGAGCAAUGUAGUUGUGUCAUGUACGAAUGAAAUUACAUGUCCUGUGAGAAUGACCAGAAGAUAUCUCAGUCUAGCAAACAUUAACGACCAAUCUAAUGAAUAUUUGUUUAGAUCUAUCACUUAUUGUAAAAGUUCUAACACAUACAAAUUAAGAGGAGAAAAGUACUUGUCAUAUACAAGGGCUAGAGAGAUUCUUCUGGACGCGCUCGCAUCAUUGGGUUUAGAUAGAACUAAGUUUGGUCUGCAUAGUCUUCGCGCUGGCGGGGCUACUGCAGCGGCCAACCAUGGUGUUUGUGAUAGACUAUUUAAAAAACAUGGCCGGUGGAAAUCUGAUACUGCUAAAGACGGAUAUGUGUCAGAAAAUCUUAGACAGCAACUGUCAGUUACGAAAAAUUUGGGUAUAUAAAGUGUGGGUUUUUGCUUCUGUCUUUAUUGGUCGAGGUCUGUUGCACAGACGCAGGCGAUGCCGUUCCUAAACAUGUGUUGGAGUUUUGAAUUUAUAAAUAA